AUGAUUAUGAACUAUGAGGGAAUUUAAAUGUUUUGGUAUUCAAUUACAAGUCUAACAAGAUAUCAUCCAAAUAAACAAAUGAAGAUAUCUGAUUUUUUCAAAAAAUAUACUAUUAUGCAAGAACUUACAAGGCCUUGGACUUAAUCUUCAAUAACGAAAAAAAAAAAACAAUAAGAAAUUAUGAAAGACUGA